AGCUGUCAAGGUUGGAACGCGCACCACUGGGCUGGCUCCACUGACAAUGGACUACAACGUCCACCUAUACUGCGUUUGAAUAUUGCGGAAGAAACUCCACGAGGACGUUUGAAAGUAACAAACUGCUCGCCAGGCUGGAUGAAAGCACCUCAUGGAUACCAGUUAAAAUAAAAGGUUUGAAGAGAGAGAGAACCGUAGACUCGCUGAUAAGAUCGCCUCGGGCUUCGACCGGCUUCGUUAGCCGCGGCUAGCCCGUUAGCUACCAAGCUAGAGUGAUGCUAAGUGAACUCAAAUAGUUAUGAACAAUAAUGACUUAACGUCUUUGAAAGAGAAACUAUGUCAUCUGGAGGGAGUGACGGCGGUUAAUAACAACCAUCAAACGUGGCACUCGGUUGGUAGUAAUGCGUGCGAGUGCUGUCAAGACAUGAGCCCCAUGAACGAAACCGAGAUGUCAUCCGUCCAGCCCGGACUAGGGGCGCCGGACGACCGGGACGGGCUCCGGCUGCGAGAAGAUCUCGACUGCACACCUGCCACCUCAUUCUACUUAGGCGACGUUAACGGCGAGGGCCCGCUAUUCGAGAGACGGAAGCGGUCGCGAUCCAACCUUUCCAGGCACCACUUCAGCGAAGUGGUGGCCGAGUUAGGUCCCGAGGAGGUGCGCUGGUUCUACAAGGAAGACAAGAAGACGUGGAAGCCAUUCGUGGGACAUGAUUCGCUUAACAUCGAGCUCAUGUAUCGGAAAUACAUCGAGCUCCAUCCCGGUGCUGCAAGUCUCCCAGUGGACGUCCAGGAGGUGGACGUAGAAAUAUCAGCGGAAACGCGGACCGUGGACGUCCUCGGAGACCGGGGGUCCUUGGACACAUCUACGCCGUCCAUGAGCACGGAUGAGAGGGACACUGAUGUCCACGUUCAACCCGUCUGUGUGCGGGGCGGACUCUAUGAAGUGGACGUCAGAGAGGGAGGAUGCUAUCCUGUUUAUUGGAAGCAGCAAGACCACAUUCCUGUGUUGCGAGGCCAGUGGUUCAUCGACGGCACGUGGCUGCCCCUAGAGGAGGACGAGGGCGAUCUUAUCGAAUGCGAGCACCUCAGUCACUUUCGCGGGCAGCAGACGCAGGACACCUUCGACGCCAGCGACAUGGUCGUCAGGACCGUCGACAGUAAAGACGUCCUCUCCCACCUGCCCCCUUUCUACCUGCCCUUUCUGUUCAAAUGGAGCGGCUAUCAGACCAGCCCUAGAACAACAUGUCACAAGCGCAAACGCUGCCAAGCCAUCCACAGCUUGAAGCUGAGUCGGACCCACGUGGACUGGCACAGCGUGGACGAGGUCUACCUCUACAGUGACGCCACCACAUCGAAAAUCGCUCGCACUGUCACGCAGAAACUGGGCUUCUCGAAAGCCUCCAGCAGCGGAACACGGCUACACCGCGGUUACGUGGAGGAGGCCUCUCCGGAGGACAGACCCCCGCGGACCACACACAUUGUCUUUGUGGUCCACGGCAUCGGGCAGAAGAUGGACCAGGGACGCAUCAUCAAAAACACGGGAAUGUUGCGGGAAGGUGUGAGGAAGAUGGAAGAGAAGCACCUUUCAGAGCACAAUGAUGAGCAUGUGGAAUUCCUUCCGGUGGAGUGGCGCUCCAAACUGGCCCUAGAUGGAGAUACGGUGGACUCCAUUACGCCGGAUAAGUUGAGAGGCCUGCGAGACCUUCUCAACAGCAGCGCCAUGGACAUCAUGUACUACAACAGUCCUCUCUACCGUGACGAGAUCACGAAAGGACUGACUCAGGAGUUGAAUCGACUCUACAGCCUGUUUUGCUCGCGCAACCCUGAUUUCGAGGAGAGGGGGGGCAAAGUGUCCAUCGUGUCGCACUCGCUGGGUUGCGUGAUCACGUACGACAUCAUGACGGGCUGGGACCCCGUGCGCUUCUGCAUCCAGGAGCACCAUGCCGUGGAGGAGGAGCUGCACAAGCACUGGACCUCGUACGAGGAGAGGCAUCUGCUGGAGCAGCUACGCUACACCAGGAACAGAUUACGAGAGCUGGAGAAUCAACUUUUAACACUGGAAGCCUCCAAACCGUCAGCACCUCCUGCUCUCAAAUUUAAGGUGGAAAACUUCUUCUGCAUGGGUUCUCCUCUGGCCGUCUUCCUGGCACUGAGGGGCACUCGGCCUGGCACCAGUUGCCACCAGGACCACAUCCUUCCGACGUCCAUCUGCAGCCGCCUCUUCAACGUCUUCCACCCGACGGACCCCGUGGCCUACAGACUGGAACCGCUCAUCCUUAAACACUACAACAAUAUUGCACCAGUGCAAAUACAUUGGUGUAGCGCCACCAACCCGGCGCCUUACGACGAGUUGCGACCCACUUUCCUCAACUUGACUAAGGAGCCCACGUCCGACACGGAGAGCAUCCCCAGUCCCAGUACUUCUCCCGUCCUACCCCGGAGACACUACGGCGAGUCCAUCACCAACUUAGGCAAGGCCAGCAUCAUGGGAGCGGCGAGUAUCGGGAAGGGCAUCGGCGGCAUCCUCUUCUCCCGCUUCUCUCGCUCCAACAGCCAACCCUCGGUCUCCGCGGCACUGGAGGGCGGCUCCAACGCUGAAGACAACGAGCAGCAGCAUAAACGCACCGAGAGCCAGUCGGCGUACGGGCUCUCCACCAUGGCCCCGCUCACCUCGCCCACUGCAGACGUGUCAUUGGAGCUGGAGCGCCGCAUCGACUUUGAGCUACGUGAGGGCCUGGUGGAAAGUCGUUACUGGUCAGCCGUCACGUCGCACACGGGCUACUGGUGCUCGCACGACAUCGCCCUCUUCCUGCUCACUUUCAUAUACCAGCAGAGGAAGACACCCGCCGACCCAGGAGGAGACAUCCCCGAACCUGACUGAAUAUCAAUUCUGACUUUUAUGCACACGGAUAUUUUUCUUAUGAUCUAGUUCUGUGAACCAAUAAGCUGACUUCAAUUAGUUUCAUUCCAGUACAGUCAAACCUCCAAAGUGGAGCAAAACUUUAGAGGGGCCACCGUUAGUACAUUUAGUGUAGACCUUGGAACUACUGUAGCUAAAUAGCAUAUCAUGUAGUCUGAAGCCUUCGUGACACACCUGCCUGUUGGAAUACAUUGGUUCGCUUUUUGAAACCAUGCAGGAUUUAAAAAGAUGAAAUGCAAAAUUGGGGCAUUAUAUUAUUUUUAAUCACCAUUUGCAAGUAGAUUACUGCCAGUAACGGCUGACUGGGUCAUCGACGGGACGUUAGAGUAGAAGUUAUUACCAUUUUGUGUUUUUGGGCGAGACGUCAAACUUCGCCAGCAUGUUCAACGCACAUAUUUGUCCUUGAAAGUGACUUUUGAGAAUUGAGCAUGAAAUGUUUGCUUCGGCCCAAAAUCGACUUCCUGUCUUUUCGGGCAUAUGGCUUCUUGUGACCUUUUUGAGUCUACUCAUCGUACAAAAUUUCAUAUCGCCAAGUGACACUGGCUUCAGGACUGAAUUUCCGAAAUCUCUUAGUCCAUCUUAACAGGAGUGAAUCGGUUCUGUGCUGCUUCUUCACAAACAAGGGCUGACGCACUGUUGUUUAUUAGUGUCCUAGAUCAAUCACAUGUUUUCUGUUGACUGAAAGCCACGCUGCCUUCCUGGAAGUUAAAUCGAAGCACACCACUGGAUUUGAACAAUGAUAGUAUAUUUUUUAUGAACAAAGACAGAUGAAAGAAAUUACUCCCUAUUAUGUUUAUUAUCAAGCAAUAGAUGCCAUUAGAUGGGCUGGAAAGGCGGAUGCGCAUUCAAAGUGUGAUUUGUGACCCCGCCCUGUGCAAUAACAGCAACAAAUGCCUGUAAAUGGAUCCUAACCUCCAUCCAAAGCACUGUAACUAUUUAUUCUGUCAUUAAAGGGCAUUCCUUAUUUUUGGAAUACAACUUA